ACCAAUAGAUCUCAGCAUCAAAUGUCAAAUGAGUGUCAAAACUUCAAAAUCCUCACCGGUCAUAAUGGUGGGCUAGGUCCCAACCUAACUUAUCUUGUAUUGUUACAAUAUUAUCACUCAAUGUCUCAAUUCAAUUAUCAAUCUUCAAACUGAUAUUUCGAUACUCUACCGGGUUACAAAUAUUUACCCUGCAACCAUGUCACCCUACUACUUGUGUGUUGUCCUUUCUUUACCAGCUUUAAUAAUUUAUCUGCUUGGUGCAGCCCAGUAUUUGUCAAAACAGGAGAAAAACACUUGUCAAAUGACCUACAUGUUUGAAUAUCCCCAAUAUGUGCAUAUACAUCUGGAAGAAGAGAUCCAAAAACAAUAUCCACAAUACAAAUUGUAUGCUUACGCCGAGGGCUUUGCAGUAGGAAGAAUACAAUCUAUGCGAUUCUAUGGUAUCCCUGUGUUAUUCAUUCCUGGAAAUGCUGGGUCACAUCAUCAGGUGAGAUCCCUGGCAUCGGUCAGCCUGAGGAAAAGUCUUAAGGAUCGGACUCCCUUUCACUUCGAUUUUUUUACAGUAGAUUUAAAUGAAGAAUACUCUGCUCUAUACGGAGGUGUUCUAAAAGGACAAACAAAAUUUGUCGCGCACUGCAUACAAAAAAUAUUGCGAUUUUACUCUGGAAAAAUAGACAGCAUCAUACUUAUUGGUCACUCAAUGGGUGGCAUUGUAGCAAAAGGCGUUCUGCUCGAACCUAAUAUCACCAUCAGUCAGGUGAACACAAUCAUCAUGCUCGCUACGCCUCAUAUGGCAGCACUAAUUCCUGAUACUUACAUUGCUGCAAUUCACCAAAAAUUGAAACACUCUCAGAGUUCAUUCAACAACUCGGGCAUUGUCACACUUUCUAUCGGAGGAGGUCCUCGGGAUGUAGUAGUUAACAGCAAUCAAGUCAUAGAUGAAAUCGCUGACUUAAACGUCCUGACUACACAAAUUCCUAGUGUUUGGAAAUCAACUGACCACCUAGCCAUUCUUUGGUGCAAGGAAUUCGUCCUCGUUGUGAUACGUGCACUAUUUGACACCGUUUAUGUUGAUACCAAAUAUCCUAAAAUCAACACGGACAAGGAUUAUAGGCUGAAAGUCUUCAACUAUCAUUUCUUAGAGCGCAGUGCUGGCAAAAAGUUUGCUCAAUAUAAAUCAAAGGUGCAAUUUGAUUCCGGCGGAGAAUGGAUUGAAGAUAUUCGACGACAGUAUACCUGGAAGGCCUUAGAUCGCAUUGGUACGAAUAACAAAUCACAAGUUUAUUUAAUGAUCAGAUUGAUUGGUAGGCAGGAUCGACUUACAAUUCAGACGACCAACUUGGAAGCCCGUAAUUGGCUAUUUGCUUGCACCGCAUCAUCAAUCGAGGGGAACUCCAGAGUAUGUGACUGGGGUUGGAAUCUGUCAAACAAAAGCAGAAUAAUGCCAGGAGGUACUCAUAAAACGAAAAUUGUUGACUUAGAUCCUGUGGAGUUGAAAGCACUGCACUUGACACAUGUCGUUAUAAGAGUUCCGGCGAGCAAUUUCAACAAAUGGCUUUCCAUUGGAAUAGAUCUUCAUGAAAAAGGCGAACGUAGGGUAAAUGUUGGAAACAAAUUUAAUGCGAUAGGCUUAGGCUUUGGGAAACUUGGCACGAUAGAAACAAGCAAUGCAGCUAUUCGAUAUGAAGUAAAUCUAGACAACACUACGGAUUCUGUGUUGUUCAAACUCAGCCAUCCGCAAUGCAACCAGAAAAAUUAUCGUCACCAUUCAGCUGUUGAAUUGCUUGAGCCUGGAACGAAUGGUAUCAGCCAAGUUCGACUAUUUACGUAUCAUGAUACGACUCCGAAGAUCUUCAAAUUACAGACAAGAAAUACGGCUAAGGAUAAUGUUCCUGGAAUCAAAAGUCCCAUAUUGAGAUUCACAUUGGAUCCAGAGUGCGUCUACACUAUUGAACUAUGGCACGGUAGUUUAAUGGAAACUGUAGCAUCUGCAGUCCGAUAUCGUUGGCCAAAUCUUUAUGGCAUUAUCGUUGGUUUGUUGUUGCUCAUCCUGGCUAAAUAUAUUGACGGUGAACUGAAACUGGUCAAUUCGGCGAUCGUAACUACCAUCACAUGUGCUUUGUGUCUUGGCCUUGGAAUUGGCCUAGAAGCUCUAGUCGCCUUAGGGAUCAUCCACGUAUGUGCAGCUGUUGUAUGUUGCACAGUUAUACUUCUCGGAUCAACAGUCUACAACAUGGCAAAUAGGUUUCUUGCUCGUUCUCUGAAGUUUUCCAUGACAUGGACCGACUGGAUUUUGGGGGGUCUGAAUCAAUUACCACUUCUAUCUGCUACAAUAUUAUUGGCUGUGGUUCCAGUGACUUGUGGAGCUUUGGCAAUGUUUCUUUUCCUUGUAUUGCAAUUCCUCAAGCUAGUUAAGCUGUACGAGGAUUAUUUGGAGAAACUUUUGCUAGCUAUCCUGAGAUUUGGUAUUCUGAAUAGAUUUAGGAGAACCCAAAACAAUCAUCGUAGCAAAGAAGAAGAUGAAAAGGAGGAUGAUGGAGAUAGUGAUGGAAACCAGAUUGCAUUUCAGCUGCUACUAUUUCUCAUAUGGUGCACAGCUGCCAUCCCUGCCAUUCCAUCAGUCCUUGUUUGGGCGAAAAAUUACAGGUAUAGCACGAGGCUGGAGACAGAAGAUCCUUUUCUAAUGAUGUGUUGGACGAUAAUAAUAGGAUGUGCUUCGGGGGGUGUCACGUGGAUUUCACCCAGUAAGCUAGGCUAUUUCUCCUCGGAAAUUGCUAUGGUGCUGAGAGUUCUUGGAUGGGGUGCAUUAGUUGUUACUGGAAUUGGCUAUCCACAACAAUACCAAUAUUUGAUGCCUCCGUUUAUAGUAGCAGGUACCAGCCUCGUUGCCAUACGUCCGCUCAUCGGAUUUCGCUCUCUCAUACGUCGAUGAAUAAAUGACAUUAUUUCUGUAGAACUGAUUGAUACUAUAGGUCACAAUAGAUUAAAUAAUCAAUGUAGCUUCUUGAUGAACCAUCAUUGAAUACUUAUAAGAAAAAAAAAUUUUACGGUGUUGCAAAACUGUAAUGCCAAACUUGACUAUAACUCUGUCGAUCGUCAUAAGUGCACAGUUGUGCCUUAUAAAGGUAAUUUUCACUACCUGUUAUUUUAAAACCAAAGGUUUUUCUUCAUAUUAGGCUUGAGAGAACGAUAGACUCAAGUUAAACAUAGAUUGUAAUUUAAGCUUGACUAGUUCUCGUUAAAAAACUUGUCGAAGAUUUGUAUUGUGUUCAUUCCCUGCUAUACAAUAACCCGCUGUGGAGUUGCAUUUUUUUCAACCAUGCAUCAUACUCUAGAUUGUAAGAGACGUAUGAGAGAAGACCCCGAUGGGGCAAAGAUUGUUCAAUUCUUUAGAAUAAAUCAGAGAAGAAUAA